AUGUCCACAGUUACAAACGAGCCGAAUCAUUUGGAAGCUCUCAGCCAGUUUAUAAUGCCGGUAAGACUUAAUUCAGAUUCCAAACUUGGACAGAGACUACGACGCAAAAAAGAAAUUUUUUGCAGAACCUGCAUUCGCCUUCGAAGAUGCCUCAGCUCGACGAGGCUCUGCAGCAACUCAUGCAAGGGCUUCCCAUUUAUAACCAGAUGAUACAGGUAGAGCAUUCUUCGAAAACAAAAUUUCCGAAAAUAGAAGCUCUUCUAGACUUUCCCCAAUAAACAGUCUUCGAAGCGCAAUAAUUAAUAGUUGAAAUCAGGAAACUGCUGGGGGACCUCCGACUUUGCCCCCGCCACCGCCUCCACAGUAUUCUCAGUUCGUAUCAGAACAAGGGUCCGAAGAGAAACAAUCGACAUCCGACGAGGGAGAGUCGUCGCGACAAGGCACGCCAGGCAGUGACCACAACGAAUCGACCACUGCUCCUGGCAAAGACAACAAGUUGGCUGAGAUCAAACACAGAAAUAGCUGGAAAUUGAUAUUUGCAGCCGGAAUAUGCGACAGGACGGUUGGUUCGAAUGCUUCAACACGACAAAACGUGAUGAGUUCGAAGCGCUUAUCUACUCGCUCUACGUCAUCGAGAAAGACGACCGCAAGCUCGACGGCCACGUCUACUACGAGUGCAUCAACAGACUGCAGAACAAGUGUCGCUACAAGGUUCGCGUGAAGCAGCAGGACGAGUUCUUUAUCGUCGAAGAGAAAGGAGGCCACAAUCACGCUCUAGAGCCGGUCGGUCAAGCCGGAAGCCAUGCAGGACUCCCCAAGUAGGUCCAGUCAACUUCUGAAACAUUUAAAUCCCUUUUUCAGGACUUUGCGAGAGAUCGUCGACAGGUCGUUUCAUGAAGACUGGAGCAAUGCGCAACGACAGGCGAAGAUAGACGAAGAGGUGGGAUUCUCUUUGGAAAAUCGAGACAGCUUCUCUCCGAGAAAAAAUGCUUUUUUAAUCAAAAAGAUUUGCAGGUUAAACGCAUGGGUCUUCCGCCAAACCCACGACUAGGUCGACAGGUCGACAACCGCGUAGCAUAUCUUCGAAGAGUCAAAAACCUCAACGAGACGAAGAAAAUACAAGACCAGGUAAGAGAGUCAUUGAAGAUAAAUAUAACGAAAUACAGGUGAAUCCGACGAUGGGGGACGCGCUUCCGCAGAUGAUGCAGAUGAUGCUCGAGCAAGGAAUGGUGCCAGUCGUCCAACAGCAGGCCGGCGAGCCCUUGGACGAGUCGGCGCAGGAGAUGAUCCAACGGAUCAUGGCUUCUUUUUCCGCUCCAGGCGCCAGCCCCGCCAAAGACAACACUGGCGUCGUGAUGAUGCCUUCGGAUCCCAUGUCCAACAACUUUUUACCUUGUAUGCCUCAGAACGAGUGA